AUGCCGAACGGGAGGCGCACCGUGGUCGAGUUCUCACUCACUUUUCGUGCCGAACGGCAGGUGCGCACCGUGGUCGAGUUCUUACUCACCUCUCUUGUCGAACGGCAGAAGCACAGUGGUCGAGUUCUCAAUCACCUCUCGUGCCGAACGGCAGGCGCACAGUGGUUGAGUUCUCACUCACCUCUUGUACCAACCGGUUCGGCUCCUGCUGCCGUUUACUUCCACUCUUCAACCUCCCCUUGGCUUGGGGACUUGGAAGACUACAUGAUCACCACCAUCGGCAUACAACGGAGGAUGCUCGUACCUGAGUCAGAAUGCCAGAGCUCAAGGACACAAGCAAGCCCUUAA